AUGGUCUACAGCUGUACAUCAGACGCCGAUUUCGCCGCUAAAACGAGCGAUAGGAACAAAAUUUAUGCGAUUGACUUCUUCGCCGAAUGGUGUGGACCCUGUAAAGUCAUUGCGCCUUUUUUCACUGAUCUCUCAAAGAGAUACCCUUCACUAGAAUACCUCAAAGUAGACAUUGAGAAAUGCGAAGAAACCGCCAUGAGAUUUGGUGUCCGAGCUGUUCCAACAUUUGCGUUUAUCAAAGGUGGCCAGACUUUGGCAACAAUAAAAGGAGGAAAUAAAGAAGUCCUCGAGUCCAAGGUCAAAGAACUCGCUAACCAAGCUGGGGCCAAGCCCAUCGAAGGCGUUCCUGAAGGAAUGACAGAUCUUACUGCUAUUAUUGAUAAGUCGAAAUCUGAGUGCUUAAAUGAAGACGACGAUUUCACCUGGCAAAAUAUCAUCGACGAAAAUAUUCAAGGGGAACUUAAAUCUGAUUGCGAUGAGCAGCUCAUUCUUCGCACUGAAUUUUCACAGCCCGUCAAGCUGCAUUCUAUCUUGAUUUCCCCAGGCGCCGACGCGGAACAAGCUCCAAAGACAGUUCGACUUUUUGCAAACGAAACAAACCCACUUUCUUUUGAUGAUGCAGAGACUCGCCCAGCAACGCAAGAAUUUGAGCUAGAAUUCGCUGAACUUGCGAAACCAAUCGUUCUCCGUUUUGUCAAGUUUCAAAAUGUCAAUAAUUUGACCAUAUUUUUCAAGGAUAACCAAGGCGAUAAAGAAGUGACUUCUUUGUCCAAAUUGCAGCUGAUCGGUUUGCCUAUGUCUGCCACGAACAUGAACGAGUUCAAGCGCGUUUCUGGAGAAGUUGGCGAGCGCGAGUAG